AUGUCAAAAACAAACAAAUCCAAGUCUGGAUCUCGUUCUUCUCGCUCAAGAUCUGCAUCAAGAUCUCGUUCUCGGUCAUUUUCGAAGUCUCGAUCCCGAAGUCGAUCAGUCUCUCGUUCCAGGAAGCGAAGGCUGAGUUCUAGGUCUCGUUCCAGAUCAUAUUCUCCAGCUCAUAACAGAGAGAGGAAUCACCCAAGGGUCUAUCAGAACCGGGAUUUCCGAGGUCACAACAGAGGCUAUAGAAGGCCCUAUUAUUUCCGUGGGCGCAACAGAGGCUUUUAUCCAUGGGGCCAGUAUAACCGAGGAGGCUAUGGAAACUACCGCUCAAAUUGGCAGAAUUAUCGGCAGGCAUACAGUCCUCGACGGGGCCGGUCCCGAUCCCGGUCCCCGAAGAGAAGGUCUCCUUCACCAAGAUCCAGGAGCCAUUCUAGAAACUCCGAUAAGUCUUCCUCUGACAGGUCAAGGCGCUCAUCAUCCUCUCGUUCUUCCUCCAACCACAGCCGAGUUGAAUCUUCCAAGCGCAAGUCUGCAAAGGAGAAAAAGUCCUCUUCCAAGGAUAGCCGACCAUCUCAGUCUGCUGGAGAUAACCAAGGAGAAGAGGCCAAGGAGCAGAGUUUCUCUGGAGGCAGCUCUCAAGAUACAAAGGCAUCUGAGAGCUCGAAGCCAUGGGCAGAUGGCAGCACAUACAGUGCUGGUUCUGCAUCACGGGCAUCUGUUUCUGAGCUGAGUCCUCGGGAGCGGAGCCCUGCUCUUAAAAGCCCCCUCCAAUCUGUGGUAGUGAGGCGGCGGUCUCCCCGUCCCAGCCCUGUGCCAAAGCCUAGCCCUCCACUUUCCAGCACAUCCCAGAUGGGCUCAGGUCUGCAGAGUGGUUCUGGGUACCAAGCUGGGACACACCAAGGUCAGUUUGACCAUGGCUCUGGGUCCUUGAGUCCAUCCAAGAAGAGCCCUGUGGGUAAGAGUCCACCAGCCACUGGCUCCACAUAUGGCUCGUCUCAGAAGGAGGAGGCUGCUUCAGGAGGAGCAGCCUAUACAAAGAGGUAUCUAGAUGAGCAGAAGACAGAGAAUGGAAAAGAUAAGGAACAGAAACAAACAAAUACUGAUAAAGAGAAAAUGAAAGAGAAAGGGAGCUUCUCUGACACAGGCUUGAGUGAUUCGAAAAUAAAAUCUGAUAUGUUUGCUCCCAAAACUGAUUCUGAGAAGCCUUUUCGGGGUAGUCAGUCCCCUAAAAGAUACAAGCUCCGAGAUGACUUUGAGAAGAAGAUGGCUGAUUUCCACAAGGAAGACAUGGAUGACCAAGAUAAGGACAAAGCCAAAGGAAGGAAGGAAUCUGAGUUUGAUGAUGAACCCAAAUUUAUGUCGAAAGUCAUAGCCGGUGCAAACAAAAACCAGGAGGAUGAGAAGUCAGGCAAAUGGGAAGUGUAUGCACCUUCAGGGAAGGAAAAACAAAGGAAAACAGAGGAGCUGGAGGAAGAUUCUUUCUCAGAGAGAUCCAAAAAGGAGGAUCGGGGAGGAGUCAAGAGAACCGAAAGUGGGCACAGGGGGUUUGUGCCUGAAAAGAAUUUCCGAGUGACUGCUUACAAAGCGGUCCAGGAGAAAAGCUCAUCACCCCCCCCAAGGAAGACCUCUGAGAGCCGGGAGAAACUAGGAGCCAAAGGAGACUUUUCCACAGGGAAGUCUUCCUUUUCUAUUACUCGAGAGGCCCAGGUCAAUGUCCGGAUGGACUCUUUUGAUGAGGACCUUGCAAGACCCAGUGGAUUACUGGCUCAGGAGCGCAAGCUUUCUCGGGAUCUAGUUCAUAGCAACAAAAAGGAACAAGAAUUCCGUUCCAUUUUCCAGCACAUACAGUCAGCUCAGUCUCAGCGGAGCCCCUCGGAACUGUUUGCCCAGCACAUUGUGACCAUUGUUCACCACGUUAAAGAGCAUCACUUUGGGUCCUCGGGAAUGACAUUGCAUGAACGCUUUACUAAGUACCUAAAGAGAGGAACUGAGCAAGAGGCAGCUAAGAACAAGAAAAGCCCAGAGAUUCACAGGAGGAUAGACAUUUCCCCCAGUACGUUCAGGAAACAUGGAUUGGCUCAUGAUGAAAUGAAAAGUCCCCGGGAACCUGGCUACAAGGCUGAGGGGAAAUACAAAGAUGAUCCUGUUGAUCUCCGCCUUGAUAUUGAACGUCGUAAAAAACAUAAGGAGAGAGAUCUUAAACGAGGUAAAUCAAGAGAAUCAGUGGAUUCCCGAGACUCAAGCCACUCAAGGGAAAGAUCAGCCGAGAAAACAGAGAAAACCCAUAAAGGAUCAAAGAAGCAAAAGAAGCACCGGAGAACACGAGACCGGUCCAGAUCAUCAUCCUCUUCCUCCCAGUCAUCCCACUCCUACAAAGCGGAGGAGUACACUGAAGAAACCGAGGAGAGAGAGGAGAGCACCACUGGCUUUGACAAAUCAAGACUGGGGACCAAAGACUUUGUGGGUCCAAAUGAAAGAGGAGGCAGAGCUCGAGGGACCUUUCAAUUUCGAGCCAGAGGUAGAGGCUGGGGCAGAGGCAGCUACUCUGGAAACAACAACAAUAACAGCAACAAUGAUUUUCAAAAGAGAAGCCGAGAAGAGGAGUGGGACCCCGAGUACACGCCCAAGAGCAAGAAGUAUUACUUGCAUGACGACCGUGAAGGCGAAGGCAGUGAGAAGUGGGGGGGCCGCGGCCGCGGCCGAGGAGCCUUCCCCCGAGGUCGGGGCAGGUUCAUGUUUCGGAAAUCCAGCACCAGCCCCAAAUGGGCCCACGACAAGUUCAGUGGGGAAGAAGGGGAGAUAGAAGACGACGAGAGUGGGACAGAGAACCGAGAAGAGAAGGACAAUUUACAACCCACCACUGAGUAG